UCAGAACCCGCGGCAAAUGUGAGUCGAUCCCUCCUCUGCUCCCUCCCUCGAAAACAAGCUUUUACCACAAUUUACUCUAUAUUUGGUGUUGGUCUGAUGUCUGUGCUGGACCGUAAAGGAAGAGAAGGAGGGCGCAGACCGCACAAACCACCGGUGUAGUAGAAGGGAACAGCGAUAACAACGAUGGAGGAAACUUCAGCCAAACUCUUCAGUUUAUGGAUUUACUGUGUUAUUAUAUUCCUAAUUGAUGUCGGACUGGGUUCUAAUAUCUGUACUUCUCGAGGAGCCAGCACAUGUCAGCAGUGCCUGGCCGUUCAUCCAACCUGUGCCUGGUGCUUUCAAGAGGAUUUUGGACAAGAUGUUCCUGGUUCUUCCCGAUGUGACCUGAAGAGGAACCUUGUAGAGUCAGGAUGCAACAAGGGAGCUCUGGAGUAUCCAACCAGCAAAAUGCACGUAAAAGAGAACAAAGAUCUCAGUGACAAGGCCUCGGGAUCCACCACUGAUGUCACCCAGAUCCAACCUCAGAGCAUACACAUCUCUCUGAGACCCGAUGAUUCGCAGGUCUUCAAGCUGAAAGUCCGGCAGGUUGAGGACUACCCUGUGGAUUUGUACUAUCUGAUGGACCUGUCCUACUCCAUGAAUGACGACUUGUCUCAGUUGAGACGGUUGGGGCGAGGCCUGGCUGAAGAGAUGAGCAAAACCACUAGUAAUCUGCGCAUGGGCUUUGGGGCUUUUGUGGAUAAACCUGUGUCCCCGUAUAUGUACAUCUCUCCUCAGGAAGCCGUGUUAAAUCCCUGCUACUCAAUCCCAUACAAGUGCCAGCCUCAGUUUGGCUACAGACACGUUCUGUCUCUGACGGAGGAGGUGAACCGCUUUACCGAGGAGGUGAAAAAACAGAAGGUGUCUCGAAACAGGGACGCCCCAGAGGGAGGCUUUGACGCCAUCAUACAGGCAGCCGUGUGCAAGGACAAAAUUGGUUGGAGACCAGGUGCAUCCCACUUGCUGGUUUUCACUACAGAUGCCAAAACACAUGUGGCACUGGAUGGGCGUAUGGCAGGAAUUGUGCGACCCAAUGAUGGCCAAUGCCAUGUGGGCAUGGACAACAUCUACAAUAUGUCCACAACUAUGGACUACCCAUCCCUGGCACUAAUCACAGAGAAAAUGUCUGAGAACAAUAUAAAUCUGAUCUUUGCUGUAACUAGCCAUGUGGAAUCACUCUAUAAGAACUACAGUGAGUUGAUCCCUGGCACUGCAGUGGGUACGCUGUCUGAGGACUCUCAUAACGUCAUCCAGCUGAUCCAGGAUGCGUAUGCUAAACUGCGCUCUAAGGUAGAGCUGGAGGUCUUGAACGUCCCAGAAGAGCUCAGUCUAACAUUUAAUGCCACAUGUCUCAACGGAGAGGUCAUUCCUGGGCUGAGAUCCUGCUCUGGCCUCAAAAGAGGAGAUACCGUGUCCUUCAGUGUUGAAGCCAGAGCCAGAGGCUGUCCAAAGGAGAAGCGCAAAACCUUCACUAUCAAACCAGUGGGCUUCAAAGACACCUUGCAGAUCACAGUCAACUUUGAAUGUGAGUGUAAAUGCCAAGCAAAGGCCGAGCCUGAGAGUCCCGUCUGCCACCAUGGCAAUGGCACCUAUGAGUGUGGCAUCUGCCUGUGUCACCCGGGGCGGUUGGGUCCCCGCUGUGAGUGUGCGGAGGGCGACUACAGCCCAACAGAGCAGGAUGCCUGCAGUGGGCCAGACAAGGUGAUCUGCAGCGGCCGGGGAGACUGUGUGUGCGGCCAGUGCGUCUGUCACAAUAAUGACUUCGGCAAAGUAUGGGGGAAAAGAUGCGAGUGUGACGAUUUCAGUUGCCUGCGCUAUAAAGGAGAGCUUUGCUCAGGUCAUGGCACUUGUUACUGUGGGUUUUGUCAGUGUGAUCCUGACUGGAAGGGGGAAAACUGCAACUGUUCCACUCGUACAGACACCUGUAUGUCCAGCUUGGGCCUGCUGUGCAGCGGUCGGGGUCAGUGUGUGUGUGGCAGCUGUGAAUGCACCCAACCAGGUGCCUACGGAUCUACCUGCGACAAAUGCCCCACCUGCCCUGACGCCUGCACACUGAAGAAGGAGUGUGUAGAGUGUAAGCACUUCAAGAGAGGGAAACUCUUCGAUGAUGAUUCCUGCACUCGCAUCUGCAGAGAUGAAAUCAAACUAGUGGAUGAUCUGGUGUUACAUGAUAAGAAUGCAGUGAAUUGCACCUAUAAGGAUGAGGAUGACUGUGUGCAAAGGUUUCAAUACUACGAGGACAACAGUGGCAAAUCCAUCUUGUCUCUGGUCAAAGAGCCAGACUGCCCUAAAGGCCCCGAUAUCUUGGUGGUGCUGCUGUCAGUAGCUGGUGCCAUCUUGUUCUUGGGUCUUGCUGCCCUGCUUAUCUGGAAACUAUUAAUCACCAUUCAUGAUCGGCGUGAAUUUGCUAAGUUUGAGGAGGAGCGGGCACGAGCCAAGUGGGAAACGGGCCACAAUCCUCUUUAUAAAGGCGCCACGUCGACAUUCACAAACAUCACAUAUCGAGGCAAAGACUGACCCCAGAGAGCAGAGGAAGAGCUGGACAGUGCUAAAAAGAUGUUAAAAAUCUUGAGAAUUAUGCAAACAUGAAAGGGUUGUAGAUAUUUUGUUGCUGUAUAUAUGUAAAGUCAAAUAUGGCAUCUUCAUGUUGCGAGCCGUUCUAACAUUUAAUCUAUAAACUGUUCUAAUAUUUAUUUAAUGCAAUACCCAUUUUUUGUUACUAGUAUUUUUUUUAUCUUAUUCAUUAUUUAUUAGAUUCUAGUUCUUAUUUAUUAGAUACUACUUCUUAUUAAAUGCACAGUAUUAAUAGCUAUUAAAUAGUUUCCAGUAUUUAUUUAUUAAAUUCUACUUAGAAGUACUUAAAAAUUGGCAUUAAAACUACUGGAUCCAAAAAAAUCGAAUUUUCAUGUGACCAGGAAGUGGGAUUAUGGUAUUUGAUUAAAAUUUAUAAAAGCAAAUUAAUUUAAUACAUAAUAAUGAAGUGUUUCAUUUCACAGUGUAUAACAAGAACUACUGUAUAUACACAAAGUCCCUUUAAGGCAAGCCAUUUCACUCGGCGACCAACUUUGAAACGCCUCUCAGGCAGUAUGCUCGGGCAUUCCGUCUGAAUGGGGAAACAUCAAGUUCUCCAAAACGGUUUACGAUUUUACAUUACAUAAUUGGAAUCACCAAUUAAAUUAAGUUUGUCUCAUAAGUUAAGUUUCUAAACGUUCAAAUCCAACAAAAUCUGGAUAUUUUCAGGUUGCCUAAGCUAAUGUGCAUGCGCACUCGAAAGAAACAAGAUCACGAUACCAACUUUGUUAAUGGCUGUUCUACCCAUUAUCAUCUUCUGAUUGCGCAUCUUCUGAAGUAGUUAAAACUUGGUCUUAUGGUGAUUCUCCUCUAGAAAUGACAGCAACUAUUUGUUUACAAGUUUGUAGGCGUUUGAGUAGUUGCUGUCAUGCGAUGUGCGUUUGACAGGAUGAACUGUACACGUUUCAUGCAGAUUACUAAAUCAAAUCACUUCUGUUGUCGAAGGUAGUUCAUUUAAAAGUAGAGAUUUCAAGCUUUAUCUGGAUAUAUUUCUCAUGUCUGUGAAGCAAGUAUUCGCUGAGAUUCCAGUGUGUAUGUUGAUCACCAAACUGUCAAAGCACACGUCUGGUCCGAGAUUCUCGCCCAGAGAAAACCUCAGUCUAUACCGGUCAAUGAUUGGCUUAUGUACUAUUCUUUUGCCUGGCUGCAAUUUUCUCUAUUGCUAGCUAAGUGGAAGCACGCUUGGUACACAUUUUUUUAUUUAACGAAGUAAAUGGAGUCGCAAAAACUAAAAUGUCUGAUCAUCGUCCAUAUUGCCGUUUAAAUUAUACUUGAAUUACCAAGGCAACAACUGAUGCGUCUGUAUUACAUUCCAAAAAGCUCCGUUAUCAGCACCACCAUGGAAAAUAAAACCGUAUUUGUGCUGAUUGGCCUGGAUAGGCAUGGAAUGGAACAGUUAAAGCAAAGAGAAUCAUUCAGCCCGAUAGUGAAAAGCAGCUAUUGUUAGCAGCUAUUGUUAUUACAAAAGCAGCUAUUGUUAUUAGCAAUUCUCAAUUUGUUUUUACCAUUGACUUCUAUGGGGAUCUGUCAUUGAGAUAUCAACAAUUCAAUUUUGACUGGAAUUCCAAUUGUGAUUAGUAAAUAAUUGUUAUUCAGUAAGUUCUCGUACUUAUGAAUAAUUAAGCACUAACAUCUUUAAAAAAAAAUGUAAUGGUAUCUAAACAAUAAGCACUAGUAGAUAAUAAGAUAAACAUACUAGUACUUAAAUGGAAAAGAUAUUACAAUUUCAAAAAUAAGUAAUAGUAAAAAAGAUACAGUACUAGCAUGAGUUUUGGAAUAAAUGUUAAAACGGCUUGCCAUAAUCUUCAGUCUAUGCAAGUCUUUCUUGUGGGCUUUUCACAAAAGAAGAUAACCCUGGAUCGUUCCGAACAUAAGAUUUCACACUGAUUAACAGUUAGUUCUGUGUAUGCAUACACUGGCAUUUUACACUGUAGCCUACAUUCUUAAAUCAUGGGUGAAUGAAUUACGAAUCCUAAUCAUUUAUAUUGCAUAGUGCUUUCGAAUAUUUUCCUCAAUAGACUCUUCAUGUGCAAAUGGUAAGAAUCAAUUUUAUUCCCAUCUUCAGUUUUCAGCAGUAUUUACAUUUCUGACUGUGUGGCGUUUCCCUGACUGCACAGAGCACAUCAAUGUUGUGGCAGAAGAAAUCUCAAAACUAAGGAAAAUAAUUAGUUGGGUGUUAUAAUAAGAUAUUUCAAAGAAUUAAUCAAAUAAGGUCUGUGGUACAUAUAACGUGAUGAUACUUUAUAAGAGUAUAAACUGCAGACCAAAACCCCAAACGUUAUUUCAUUGUGACUUAUUAGAAACUUGUUAUAUAACAAGCUUGUAACAGCUUUUUAUUUCACUGCAAUUUUCUCAAUGUCAGCAAUUAUUAUUCUGUAUUUCACACUGCACAAUCUUAAACGCUGGGUUAAUAUCCUUAACUGGACAUAUAUGGAAUCAGUCAUUCAUUUGAUUAACUGCAGCACAAGAACUGUUUACUUUAAGGCUCUGUACAUCCUGGCACUGCCGACUGCUAUCAGUUUUUUUCCCUAAACAACUUUUUGGACUAUCCACCUUAUUCUCAUUUAGCUUUUAAAGGAACAGUUUGCCCUAAACAUUUUAAUUGUCAUAAUUUAUUCACAUUCUCAUUCUCUCUCUCAUCUGUUGAACACAAAAGAAGAUAUUUUGAAGAAUGUUGAAAACCAGUAUCCACUGACUUCGAAAUUAUAUUUAUUUCUACUAAGGAUGUCAAUGGCCACCAGUUUUCAACAUUCUUCAAAAUAUAUUCUUUUGUGUUAAAGAGAAACUUGAGGGUGAGUUGGGAGAACUAUGUAACUUGAAUGCGUUUUUUUAGAUUUAUGAAACAACAGCUUCUUGACUUUGAAAACUGUAUUUCUUAUCCUAUUAUUUUAACUUCUUGUAAUCAGAAACAUACUGGUUUAAUAAUCAUAAAAAUAAUUAUAAUAAUAAAUAAUAACUUUUAUUCUAAUAAAAAUUAUUUAAUAUUUACUGCCAUGUGUUACUCCUAUAUUGAACUUUACCAAAAAAAAAAACACCUUAGAUGCACCUGCAAAAAGGUGUAACUCUUCUUUACUCCAUCAACUGAAAAGCUGUUCAUCAAUAUUAGUAACCCUGAAACACCAAAUCAGUCUUAAGUUGUAUGGGAAAAUGUAGCCCAAAAUACAUUGUAUUGGUCAAAAUGUAUUCAUAAUGAUAUUAAGUAAAGAUAAUCUUCCAUAAAGAUGUGCAUCAAUUUCCCACUGUAAAUAUAUCAAAAUGUAAUUUAUUAUGAUUAAUAAUAUUGUUUUCAAAGUUUUAAUCCAAGUUAAACAUUGUCCUAUAUCCCAUAAUCAAGCCAUAUAUCAAAUGAAAGCUUAUUCAUUCAGUUUUCCAAUUAUGUAUAAAUCUUCAUUUAAAAAACAUAAUAAAUUGACACUUGUAGUUUUGUAAUCCAGUGUCACAUUUCUACACCUAAAACACGGAAUGCACUACAAUGACUGUCUGGAGCGUGCAAAUAUGAGGCACGCAACUGGCUCUUCAGUUACUAAACAUAACAUUCUAACACCUUAUGUUUUUCAUGCUGCAUAUUUGGCACCAUAAUGUGGAAUCAACAGUGUAAACACAGUGCUAAUUUUGUUUUAAACCACCUUAGCCUACAUAAAAGAUCUUUACUUCUAAAUUACCAGUGUGAAAUGUUAAUUUAUCCAAGAUUAAGAGCCCAUGUUCCACAAUAUCCUGGGUUAAACAAUGUGAAAAGUCCUUCUGUUCAUCACUGGAUCUGUUUAUCGUACAGUACUUGACUGUAUUUGUCAGCACAGAUAACGUCACACUGUACUGACACGUAUCCAUUUCCUCCCAUUUCCUGCAGAUCGUCUGUCAUUAUGUGCUGGCAGAUCUGAAAUAUUACAUGUCUGAAUGAUCUUUCCAACUACUGAUGGCCUGCUGUAACACUGAAUUCCUCAGCAUUAACAUGAACUGUUCUUAAAAUAAGAUAUCGUUUCCAUUGUGGUUAUAGCUUUAUUAUUAAUAUUAUGCAAUUAUGAUUUCCUAUUAGCCUUUUCACACUGGGUAAGAUAAAAAAAUGUAAGAAAUGUGUCUCUAUAGUCACUGUUUUAUUUAUUUGACUCCAAAUGUCCCUCACAGAUAAAGUGAAUAGUAGCAGUGCCCUCCAAUGGGAAAUAUAUGAACUUUCUGAAUUUGUGUUGGGUCAUUUUAUACCCUUUUGACAGACUUUUUGUAAAUAAAAGCUUGGAAGGAAAUGCCAUAUGGUUUUUAGAAGAAGACAAAAAUUGAUAUUUAAUUGUGAAAUCAUUAUCUGCCUAUAAAUAUAUGUAAUACAUUCUGUAUGAAUGUUUGUUUUAUGCUGAGUUUACCAUGAUUAAAACAUUAUUAGUCUGA